AUGGAAGCGUACGUGCUGUGGUUGGAACAAUUUAGAAAGUUUAAAUACACGUGGAUUCACUCGGAAGACAAGAUCAACUGCUUUGUCGUCUACGCCAUUCCUCCGGGAAACAAGUACACAACCAAAACACAUUGCGACCUCGUAGCGGCGAUCGGGGCGCGCUGCCAAACAAAGACGCGUAUCAAUCACAGGGAGAAAUCCGUUGUUGUGGAGGACGGGACGUCUGUGAAGCCCACGAUAUGUUUCAAGACAGAAAAGUCUAGGAAGAACUACCCGGUGGACCUAGACUUCGACCACGACUUCAGCGUGGCCGUGAGUAAGAUGAAAACAAGCUCGACACCGAUGGAUGUCCUCGAUGCGUUCGGCAUCAUAUCCUACGAACUUCAUGAUUUCACGCGAGGCAACAUACUCCGGGUUGUUCGGGCGAUGGAGAGCGUCGGUUUCGGGGUCCUGCACAACGGAGGUCUUGUGUGUUCCGAGAAGGACUCCGCGGGGGAGUCGUCGGAAAGAUUCCUAUCCAAGCUGCCGCACCGAGAUGAUCCGGUGUGGUUUUUCGCGUGA